AUGCCAUUCAACCCAAAUGUGAGUUUUCCAUCUGAUGAGGGCUGGCCAUUCGCAAAGUACUUAGGAGCAUGUGGAAGAAUGGUGGCUGUCAAUUACGUUGGAGAAGAGCUGUGGAGUUACUUUAAUGCACCAUGGGAGAAACGAGUGGAUCUGGCCUGGCAGUUAAUGGAAAUAGCUGAGCAGCUGACAAAUAAUGACUUUGAAUUUGCACUCUACCUCCUUGAUGUCAGCUUUGACAACUUUGCAGUUGGACCAAGAGAUGGGAAAGUUAUCAUUGUAGAUGCAGAAAACGUUCUGGUAGCAGAUAAAAGGUUAAUCAGACAGAAUAAACCUGAAAACUGGGAUGUAUGGUAUGAAAGCAAAUUUGAUGACUGUGACAAAGAAGCUUGUCUGUCCUUCUCGAAAGAAAUUCUUUGUGCUCGUGUCACUGUGGACCACAAUUAUUAUGCUAUUUGUCAGAACCUUUUAUCAAGACAUGCCACGUGGCGUGGCACUUCUGGAGGACUACUUCAUGACCCCCCAGCUGAAAUUGCCAAAGAUGGCCGGCUUGAGGCCUUGCUGGAUGAGUGUGCCAACCCAAAGAAGCGAUAUGGUAGAUUCCAAGCGGCGAAAGAACUGCGUGAAUACCUUGCACAAUUGAGUAACAAUGUGAGGUAGUCCACAGUGAAA